AUGGUUGAGGAGAAGGCCGACGAGAAGGUCGAGGGAGCAACGCAAAAUCGGAUGUCGUGGGGAAGUGAUUCAGAUUACGUCCGUCGACGGAGACAUUCCACGAGACAAACGCAAUGGGGAUUGUGGCUCGAGUCGGGAGGCUGGCGUGGGUGGUGCAGAGAAAGAUGCUGGGAGACCAAAAAGUUGAACCAAGUGAACAAAUGUGUAGUAGAGGCGUUGGGACACAAAGGUAAUGUAGUGAGACGAAGUCCCGCUGGCGAGAGGAAGGACCGGGUGGAGCACCAGGAUAAGGCUCGAGGCGAUAACGAGGGAAGGGGCGAAGGCUAG